AUGGCAGCAAUUGACUCCGAGAUAAAACAAAAGGACCCAAACUCUGUCGACGCGGAGCAGCUCAGCGCCUGGAAGCGGGAGCAGCUGGCUGAGCUAUCUCUGCAGCUGCAGCAAGGCUGCGUGGGUUUGGAAGCAGUGCAGCAGCUGCUGCAGCAGCAGCAGCAGCUGCUGCAGGAGCUUUACUGUCGAGUCCGCAGCGAAGAAGACAUAGACGCAAUGGCGAGGGUUUUGGACAGUUUGAUGCUGCAGGUCUUUUCUUUUUUGAAGGCCCGCUUAGCAGCAGCAGCGCGGCCUCGCGCUGCUGCUGCUGCUGCUGCUGCUGCUGGCAGCAGCAGCAGCGCAGCAGCAGCAGCAGCAGCAGCAGUGCAGCGCACGCAGCCCAGCAGCAACCCAGACUAUUCGCCCUGCGCAGAUGACUCGCCGCCGCUGUCGCCGGCGGGGGAUUCCCCAGCAGCAGCAGCAGCAACAGCAGCAGCAGCAGCAGCAGGAGACCCUCUAAUUGCAGAUUUGUUCGAAGCAUUUCUCAGAGUUGUGCUGCCAGUUCCCAGCUGUCGAUACACCCAAUUUGCUGUUUUCUUUGCUGCUUCUUUUGACCCCCAGGCGCAGCAGCUGCUGCUGCAGCAGCUUUUUCUGCUGCUGGCCAACAGACAAAGAAGCAUCCGCCUCCGCCGUGCGGCGUGCUGUUACAUUGCUUCCUACUUGUGCCGCGCAAGGAACCUCCCGCCCAGCGUUGCUGCUGCCGCACUGCAGCAGCUGCUGCUGCUGCUGCACCGAGGCUUCCUGCGCACGGGCGCCAGCCACCUGCAGCAGCAGCAGCAGCAGCGCAUGGCUUUGCUGCAGGGCUCCUUCUCAGGAGAAUUCGGUAAACCCUAA